CCAGGCGGUGGCGGGGGGUGCGGGGUAGCCUGGAGCAUCACGUGCCCGGCGGGAAGCUGGAAGCGGCCGGCGCGGCAUGGGCGAGUCGAUCCCGCUGGGCGCCCCGGUGCCGCUGGAACAGGCCGUGCUGGAGACGUUCUUCUCCCACCUGGGCAUCUUCUCGUACGACAAGGCCAAGGACAAUGUGGAGAAGGAGCGGGAGGCCAACAAGAGCGCGGGAGCCAGCUGGCUCUCCCUGCUGGCCGGGCUGGCGCACCUGGCCGCCGCCGAGAAGGCCUAUCACAGCAUGACCUUCCUGGGCCAGAAGCUAGGUGGUCAGUCAUUCUUCAGCCGAAAGGACUCCAUCCGAACCAUCUACACAUCUCUGCACAAUGAGCUGAAGAAGGUGGUGGCGACGGGUCGCAAUGCACUAGGAGGAACAGCUCCUCAUUUGGAAGAGCUGCUUUCUCACCUGUCUGAACAGCUCUGUUUUUUUGUUCAGGCUCGGAUGGAAAUUGCUGACUUCUAUGAAAAAAUGUUCACCCUCAGCACCCAAAAGUUCAUUAACUCUGAGGAACUCGUAAACAUUUUGGACUCCAUCCUAAAGAAAUACAGCUCAAGAUUUCACCAUCCAAUCCUCAGUCCUCUUGAAAGCAGCUUCCAGCUGGAAGUGGAUGUGCUUGCACAUCUUUUAAAGGCUCAGGCUCAGAUCUCAGAGUGGAAGUUUCUCCCAUCCCUAGUCAACUUGCACAGUGCUCAUACAAAGCUGCAGACGUGGGGCCAGAUUUUUGAGAAACAGCGAGAGACCAAGAAACAUCUGUUUGGAGGGCAGUCUCAGAAGGCCGUACAACCACCACACCUUUUCCUCUGGUUGCUGAAACUCAAAAACAUUCUUCUUGCCAAGUUUAGCUUUUACUUUCAUGAGGCCCUCAGUCGACAAACAACUGCAUCUGAAAUGAAAACGCUGACUGCUAGAACUAACCCUGAUUAUUUUGGGAAAAUUUCCAGCUUCAUCAGGAAAUAUGACGCAGUUAAUGUUUCUCUCAUCUUUGACAACCGUGGGUCAGAGAGCUUCCAGGGACAUGGCUACCAUCAUCCCCACUCUUAUAGGGAAGCCCCAAAGGGGGUGGAUCAAUACCCAGCUGUGGUCUCUCUGCCCAGUGACAGGCCUGUAAUGCACUGGCCCAAUGUAAUCAUGAUUAUGACUGACAGAACCGCUGACCUCAACAGUUUGGACAAGGUUGUUCACUUCUAUGAUGACAAAGUCCAAAGCACGUACUUUCUGACACGCCCUGAACCUCAUUUUACCAUUGUAGUUAUUUUUGAGGCUAAGAAAUCAGAGAGGGACUCACAUUUCAUCUCUUUUCUCAAUGAAAUCUCACAUUCUCUCAAGAACUCCAAAGCUUUUGCAGGCCUAAAGCCAGGAUCCAAAGGAUAAAAUAAAUUGAGUUGCAGAUUGCAAGGCCAUACGUUAGACUGGAAAAAAUAAAUAUUCUCGCUUUCAAGGAGUACAUUCAUUCACAAUUCUCUGAGUUUGUUUAAAAAGGAACUGUUAUUUUAAUAUUUGUUGUGAAUGCUUUUUUAGCUAAUGAAAAUACUUGAAUAAAAAUAUAGAAAGAAUUUUCUAGGCUGUGCACAUGGGAAUGACUUAGCUGUGGUGCACCAAAAUGGCUGACGUAUUUUUUUUGCAUGGUGCUCUAUUCACAGUAUGAAUUAAUAUUUUUCAGUCCAUGACAUUUUGUCCUUAACUAAGUGGAAUGUAUGCACUUUAUAUUAUGCUGAUCAUUGACUAUAACUUAUGCAGAAUUUAUUGAAAACUUGGUUAGAAUGAUUAAAUUGUCUUUUCAGGACACGCUGCUGUUACAUUAACUAUCAGGAACUAUAAUGGAAUCUUAUUUCUUAACAAUGAUACUCAUUGGGGAUUAUUGGAAACUUGCAGCUCUUCAAGCAAACAACUGCAAUAAAGUCCAUACAUCAUAAAAUAUA